AUGAGCGCCGCGCUCUUUAGCCUGGACGGCCCGGCGCGCGGCGUGCCCUGGCCCGCGGAGCCCGCACCCUUUUACGAGCCGGGUCGGGCGGGCAAGCCGGGCCGCGGGAGCGAGCCGGGAAGCCUGUCCGAGCCAGGCGCCGCUGCCCCUGCCAUGUACGACGACGAGAGCGCCAUCGACUUCAGCGCCUACAUCGACUCCAUGGCCGCCGUGCCCACCCUGGAGCUGUGCCACGACGAGCUCUUCGCCGACCUCUUCAACAGCAACCACAAGGCGGGCGCGGCAGGCGCCGCUGCCAGCGCCCUGGAGCUGCUGCCCGGCGGCCUCGCGCGUGGCCACGGCCCGGGCACAGCUGCCCCGCGUCCGCUCAAGCGCGAGCCCGACUGGGGAGACGGCGACGCGCCCGGCUCGCUGCUGCCGGCGCAGGUGGCCGCGUGCGCGCAGACCGUGGUGAGCCUGGCGGCGGCCGCACAACCCACACCACCCACGUCGCCCGAGCCGCCGCGCUCCAGCCCCGGGCCGAGCCCUGCUCCUGGCCCGGCCCGGGAGAAGAGUGCGGGGAAGAGGGGCCCGGACCGCGGCAGCCCGGAGUACCGGCAGCGGCGCGAGCGCAACAACAUCGCGGUGCGUAAGAGCCGUGACAAGGCCAAGCGGCGCAACCAGGAGAUGCAGCAGAAGCUGGUGGAGCUGUCGGCCGAAAACGAGAAGCUGCACCAGCGCGUGGAGCAGCUCACGCGGGACCUGGCCGGCCUCCGACAGUUCUUCAAGCAGCUGCCCAGCCCGCCCUUCCUGUCGGCCGCCGGGGCCGCCGACUGCCGGUAACGCGCGCCCCGGGGGCGGAAGAGACUCAACCAACGACCGAUACCUCAGACCCGACCGGCCAGGGAGCGGAGCGCGCCCCGCCCGGACGCCGCGAGAGCCGCUCGGCGCCGGCUGCAGUUUCUUUGGGACGCGGGAACGAAGGAACCUACAGCCUGGACUUAACCACCACUGAACUUCGAGAGAAGCUAUAUGUGUUUAUUUUCCCUUAAAUUAUUUUUAUAAUGGUAGCUUUUCUACAUUUUAUUCCUAUUGAUGCAGCUAAGGUACAUUUGUAAGAAAAAAGAGUUUUCAGACAAAUCCUUUGUAUUGUAGAUAAGAGGAGAAGACCGAGCAUGCUCACUUUUUUUUAUAUUAAUUUUUACAGUAUUUGUAAGAAUAAAGAAGCAUUUAAAACCA